AUGGAAGAUGAACUGUUGAAGCGAAUCAAAGAACUGGAGGAUGAAAAUACUUUUCUAAAUGAGAGACUUAGGACCUUGGAGAAGGUUAGAACACCUCUCAGCACAAUUCCAGUUCAAAAACAGCCUGCCCCAAGCACUGUUUCCAUGCAACAGCCUGUCCACGACUUGGAAGUCGACAACUCCCUGCUGUACUAUUUGAAAUCCAUUCUGGGAUACAGCAUAAAAUAUAACAAAAAUACCAUCGUUCUAAAAUCAGUCUAUGCUUUAGUGCUGAAGACACCUUUGAAAUUGUGGUUCAGGACAAUAAACUACUCCUCAAAGACACAGUCUAUCUCAGAGAAUGGAGUGAGUUAG